CUAAACCGAAAGACACAAACUUUCAGUUUGAUCAGUUUUGGACGCCAAAACUUUGAACAGAUUGACUCCAACAGAUUCAGUACCGGAACUGUUAUCUGCUCAACAAUAAAAGAGACAUCAGAAAUCUUUAUCAAAGGAAGCAGCAAGAAUGCAGAUUCUGGGGAGGAGAUUGCGGCAGCAAAUAUCUCUCAAACAAGCUAUUGGUGGCUGUGCGUAUUCUACCAAUAAACUCAUAGAUGUUGGACAGCCAACUCCUGCAUCUCAUCCUCAGUUAAUGAAGGAAGGGGAGAUUACACCUGGUAUUUCUACCGAGGAAUACAUCUCAAGAAGAAAAAGCCUAUUGGAACUUCUUCCGGAAAAGAGUUUAGCUGUCCUUGCAGCUGCACCUGUAAAGAUGAUGACUGAUGUGGUGCCAUACACGUUUCGACAGGAUGCUGAUUACUUGUAUCUUACUGGCUGCCAACAACCUGGUGGAGUGGCAGUUUUAAGUCAUGAAGGUGGCUUGUGCAUGUUCAUGCCAGAGGCAAAGCCCCAUGAUGUAACUUGGCAAGGACAAAUAGCAGGAGUUGAUGCAGCACUGGAAACAUUCAAGGCUGAGCAAGCAUAUCCAAUAAGCAAACUAGGCGAGAUCCUUCCAGAUAUGAUAAGAAGAUCCUCCAAAUUAUUCCACAAUAUGCUGACAGCCACACCAACAUAUACAGAUUUAGAGGCUUUUCGGAAGGCAACUUCUAUUGGAAAAGUGAAAGACCUUUCCAGUUUCACCCACGAGCUACGUUGGGUAAAAUCUCCAGCAGAACUUAAGUUAAUGAGAGAAUCUGCAUCAAUUGCUUGUCAGGCUCUUUUGCAGACGAUGUUGCAUUCAAAGGCAUAUCCUCAUGAGGGCAUGCUAUCAGCAAAGGUUGAAUAUGAUUGCAGGAUGAGAGGUGCUCAGAGAAUGGCAUUUAACCCUGUGGUAGGCGGUGGCUCUAAUGCUAGUGUGAUACAUUAUUCUCGAAAUGAUCAGAUAGUUAAAGAUGGUGAUCUUGUUUUAAUGGAUGUUGGAUGUGAGUUGCAUGGUUAUGUUAGUGAUCUUACUCGUACCUGGCCACCUUGUGGUAGAUUUUCUUCCGUACAGGAAGAGCUUUAUGAUCUCAUACUACAAACCAACAAGGAAUGUAUGAAGCUUUGCAAACCAGGAUCUAACAUUCGUCAAAUACACUACUAUUCGGUUGAAAUGCUGCUCAAAGGACUCAAGGAGAUUGGAAUUUUAAAAAAUGAUACAUUUAGUUGCUACAACCAAUUGAACCCAACUUCUAUAGGUCACUAUCUAGGGAUGGAUGUCCAUGACAGUGCAAUGGUUAGCUAUGACCGACCUUUGAAGCCAGGUGUUGUGAUAACCAUUGAACCAGGAAUCUACAUCCCGUCCACUUUUGAUGGUCCGGAAAGGUACUGUGGAAUAGGAAUAAGGAUUGAGGAUGAGGUUUUAAUCACGGAAACAGGUUGUGAGGUAUGGAUUGUGUUGGCUAAUGUUACUCCAUUCUCACUAGGGAAAAAAAUGUGCCAACUCACCCUCCUCUACUUUCAUGGCCAUGGAUUCUGGAACAGGUCCUUACAGGAUCAAUGCCUAAAGAGAUCAAACACAUCGAGUCCUUGCUAAACAAUUACAGC